AGACACGUGAAGGUCGGUGAGUUGGUGCGGGGUUCAUCUCGGCACGCGCGGUCGCGCUGGGAUGGAUUCUUCUUCGUCUUCUGCGGCGGGUUUGGGCGCAGUGGACCCACAGUUGCAGCAUUUCAUUGAGGUGGAGACUCAGAAGCAGCGCUUCCAACAGCUGGUGCACCAGAUGACUGAACUUUGUUGGGAGAAAUGCAUGGAUAAGCCUGGGCCAAAAUUGGACAGUCGGGCUGAGGCCUGUUUUGUGAACUGCGUUGAGCGCUUCAUUGAUACAAGCCAAUUCAUCUUGAAUCGACUUGAACAGACCCAGAAAUCCAAGCCAGUCUUCUCAGAAAGCCUUUCUGAUUGAUCUCAGCGUUACCUCUUUGGAAAUAAAGAGCUGUUUGAUGGGAUGGUUGAAGAAAUGGCUAUGGGGGUAUUGACUCCCCCUUUUGUCACUUUUGGGACAUCCUAUCAUGAGAAUGAACAAAGACCAAUGUUUGUGUGGGGGAGGGUUUUGAGGGCUUGAGGGUCAUAUGUGUAUUUGGUUGUGUUUUUAAUGCUAAUCUUGUGAAAAUAAUUGACAGAUGAAUGGAAAACCAUUAGAUGCAUAUUACUGUAUAUGGGACUAUGCUUUUGUGAAGGUCCCCUUAACUGCUUUCUAUAAUUUGAUAGUGGGACCACAUAGGUAAAUCUCUUAAUUGUGUGAACUCAUUUCAGACUUUUAGAGAGAUCUUUGUGUCAGAAAAGGCAGCAAUGGGAGAAUAACUUGGCACUUAACUGUGGGCCUCUUUAUCCAGUGUCUGACUAUUGGUGCCAGAAAAAAAAUCUAUGAAGUGUUCACACAGUACACUUCAGCUUUCUAGAUUAUCUCCCUCCCCUAUACUAUGAUUUACUUAAAUAUCUGUUAUGAAAAUGUGAUCUCAAGGUAGAACAGGCAGCCUGAGAAUCUAGAGACCUUUAGUUACAAAGGAAUCUAGCCAAUAAAUGUAAUUCAUAUUACUAGACUGCCACAGGAAGACGUUAACUUAUCCUGUAUGUCAGGGUAAAAAAAUUCAAAGAUGUGCCUAAAGAAAUUAUAAAGAUUUAGGCUAGUCAGAAACUAACAGCAGUUUCAGGUAGAGAUGCAUGCCUGAUGUUAAUCAUGGAUUUCGUUUACUGCAUUCUUUUGAUCACUGAAAU